GCUCUCUAGUGCUUGCAUGUCACUCCAUGUUGCCUGCUCAUGACACUGCUGGUGGUCACAUGACUCACCUAGUUCAGUUACCUGUUCAGUUGGUUCAGGCCAACUGCCUUUUGGACAGUGAGGAGAAGAGACAUGGAGUGAGAGUGGCGAUAGAUAAAAGUGGAUAAAUUGAGAUAGAGCUUAAAUAAAAUUUCAAAAAACAGUAUAGGAGGAGAGAUUAACAUGGAGGUGAGAAAGAAGAGGAGUCGGAAUUCGGAGGAGGAAGGACAAGGUGAGAAAAGGAGAUGGAGUGAUGGAGAUUUAGAAGAGAAGAAGAAAAGCCUGGUGAAAAAGAAAACCAGUGAAGAUGGGGGCAGUAAAAGGAGAAGGAGAGAAAGAGAGCUGGAAGAGAAGAAGAAAAGCCCCAAAGAAAGGAAGACCAGUGGAGAUAGGAGCAAUAGCAGAAGGGGUGAUGGUGAUUUAGAAGACAAGAAGAAAAGCCUGGUGAAAAGGAAGACCAGUGAAGAUGGGGGCAGGAGAAGCAGUGAAGGACAGAUAGAAGAGAGGAAAAGCCCCAUACAAAGGAAGAACUCUGGAGAUUGGAGCAAUAAUAGAAGGAGUGAAGGUGAGUUAGAAGAUCAGAAGAAAAGUCAAAUGAAAAAGAUCAGUGUAGAUGGGGGCAGUAAAAGGAGAAGGAGUGAAGGACAGGUAAAAGAAAAGGAGAAAAGCCCCAUGGAAAGGAAGACCAGUGAAGAUGGGAGAAAUAAAAGGAGAAGGAGUGGAGAUGAGUUAGAAGAGCAGAAGAAACACCCCAUGGAAAAGAAGACCCGUCAAGAUGGGAGCAAUAAAAGCAGGAGGAGUGAAUUAAAAGACAAGGAGAAAAGCCCCAUAGAGAAGAGUCAAAAGUUACAGUUAGAAGAAAAGAAAAGUCAGUUGGAAAAGACCAGUGAAGGAGUGAAUAAGGAUCAAAAAUCAAGAAGUCCAGAGGAUCCCUUAGAAGGUGGAAGCGCAGCGAAGAAACUCUGUGUGGAUAUCAGCAGACCUGUCCCCCUGGAUAUUAAGAACUACAGGUUUUAUUCAGAGCUGGGAAAAGGAGGCUUUGGCCGGGUGAUGUUGGCUUCGUUUACACCGAAGAAGCAACUGGUAGCAGUAAAGAUCAUGCCAGAAAACUUUCAAUCAGAGCUGGAAUCCUUCUUCGUCCUGGAGUAUGCCAGCGGGAAAUCUUUAAUGCAAAUGAUUCUUCGCAAAGGAAAUCUGCCAAUGGCAAGAAUCAUGUUCUACACAGCGGAGAUGGUGGUUGCUCUCCAGUUCCUGCACUCUAAGGGCAUCAUUCAUCGUGACCUGAAACCUGACAACGUGUUGGUGGACAGAUACGGCCAUAUCAAGAUCUGUGACUUUGGCCUCGCCGCAGAGAACAUCUUCGACCAGACAAGAACCAACGGAGUAAUAGGAACCCCUGGAUACCGCGCACCAGAGGUUCUAUCAAAGGCAGAGUAUAACGCAGGCGUGGAUUGGUGGUCUUUUGGAUUACCAUGUACCAAAUGGCCACGGGCAGCUUGCCAUUUUCACCUACAGGCAGUAUUUUAAGGCAAUUCUUUGCAAUAAAGAAGAAUACGCCGUAUUACCCAUAUUAUAUGAGCAAGGAAAUGCUGGACCUCCUGCCAAAGGUAAAUAUCCAGAGCCAGAUUUACAUAGCAGACGCCCCUCAGAUUUUCAUCCUUCAUCAUCAUUCAUCUUUUUCACCAGAGCAAUGGGGAUUGGCGCACAGGAAAUUUAAAAAAACUA